CGUCACUUGCAUAGGCGCUGCAGUGCAGUCAAACACACACCCACUGAAACGCGGCAACGUACAAAGAGAAUGCGUAGUUUAACUUAACAAAUAUGUCAAAGUUGUCCGUAAAAGAACAAAUUGGCUGUAAAAAACUGUUGAAAUUGUUAUCCAAUGAUGACUUGUUGGCUCUUAAAGAUACAGUUACAAAUCGACUGAUCGAUGUAGAAGGUACAGAAGAAGCCAUUGAGGCCAUCAUAACUUACUCCCAGGAUGCCGAAGAGCUACUAAAGAGAAAAAAGGUCCAUCGUGAUGUCAUUUUUAAGUAUCUUGCCAUUGAAGGGGUUGCCAUGCUACCCAACGCUGAUAAACAUCAGUUGAUCAGGAGGACCCUUGAGUUUUGGUCAUCUGGUGAGGUGAGUGGGAAGAGCACAACUGUUUCUUCGCAUAACAUUGGGGAUGGUCUGUCAGACAUCACAGCUUUGGGAAAACAGUUUUGCCAAUGGUUUUUCAGCAUUCUCAACUCUCAGAACCCCACAUAUGGCGAGCCGGUGCAGGAGUGGGGUCCUCAGCAUUUCUGGCUAGAUGUGAGAUUGCGGCUUCUGUUAUGCACCGGAGAGCAGCGUUUAGACGAGUUUAAUGGAGCAGAACUGGUUAGUCAGCGGCUUCAUGCUCUUGUAGGACAAGAACGUCUGUUGUUCUGCCCAAACCUGGAGGGUCAUGGGUUGAAGUGUAUUUCUUCACCUCAUGGAUUGGUGUUAGUGGCGGUAGCAGGAACCAUCCACCGUGACAAUGCCUGUCUUGGGAUUUUUGAGCAGGUGUUUGGGCUCAUUCGUUCACCGCUGGACAAUAAUCACUGGAAGAUAAAGUUUGUAAAUGUGAAAGUAGAACCACAAAGUGGCAUCACAGACAGAAAUUUACCAAUAAUUACAUAUGAUUCAAAUCAGUUGCUAAGCCUUUGCGAUUGAGAAUCACAGAAUGACAUAUUGUCUUGUGGUCAUCUUUUAAAGUGAGAAUAUGCCAACAGUUAUAAAGUAGGUGAGAUUUUGUUUUAUGGUCAAUUUAAAUGUAAAAUGUAUGAAACUAACAUUUUAUUACACGGACACACUGAAAGUUCUUUUAUGUUAUUUCCUGUGAAUUGGGGUCUCAUCUUUGGUGUCAGGAGAUUUUUAGAUUUUCCUCUGUAGAAAGAAAGAAGUGUUGUUCUUUUCUUAAGAAUCAUUUGCCAUAUAUUUUAUUGAUUUUGCUUAUAGAAUUUUCCACCUUAAAUACAAUAGUAAAUACUGUUGAAAAUGUUCUUAAACUUUUUUUUUUACUUUUUGACUCAUUUUAUGAUCAAAUGAAUGGCUGUGUCUCAAUUCACUCCCUACCUCCCGAGGUUGUGAAUCAGUAUAUCGUUUAUGCAGAUUUGGGCACUGGUAAAGUAAAGACCCUAGUUCACUUAACAUUGAGACACUGUUCACUUUUUUCCUGUGACGUGAGUGACUGGUUAAGGCAUUGUGAUAAUUCACAGCUGUUAUUCAUCAACAACCGGCAAAACCAACAUCUCGCUGACUUAAUUUGUAAACAUUUGUUAAAGUAUAUUAUGAAAAACACUUUCAUUAUUCUUGAACAUAUCCGUGCAAAAAUGUAGAGGAAUAUUACAUUUAAAUAUUAAGUGGAUUGUGGCUAAAACAAACGUUUGUCUUUAUAAAAGACAGUUUUAUGGAGUUGGCAAGGGAGCUGAUUGAGAGCCAGCCAAUGAUUCUCUACCAAGCCAAGCUUUUAAUAAUCAUAUUUUUUCUGGUUUUCAUGUUGCAAGUGUUCCGACAUCCUCUUUACCUCCAUUAAUGUUUAACAUUUUACUAAAAAUAUCCAAAACUACCACUCUA